AUGGCUGCUACUACCGCCACCACCACAAUGUCCAGCGCGACACAUCCUCUCGUUACAAAGUGGUCUUCUCGAUACCGUGGGGCCACUGUCGAAGACCUCGACCCCCCAGCCGCCCUCUCUCUCAACCCCUCCGAUGCUAUCUCUCUCGCCCUCCUCUCCGCCUUUGAGCGCGACUACACCCACCUGACCAUUGUUGAUUCCGAAACCCGUGCUCUUUUGGGUUAUAUUUCCAUCCCACAUUUGCAGUCGCUACUAGACUCGGGCAAGGUCAAGCCCAACGAUCCUCUCUCAACCGCCAUGACACGUUUCCAGCGCAAGGGCCGCACCUACAAGGUCAUCACCAUGGAGACCACCCUCGAAGAACUCGAGGACUUUUAUCGCGGGGGUGUGCCUGAAGGACCUUGGGAGCAGGAAUUUGCCGUCAUUACGGAUGAGAAGAGGAGGUUUGUCCUGGGCGUUGCGACAGUGCAGGAUCUCGAGGAGUUUGUGAAGCGAAGACCCGAGUAG